CUUUGUAUUUGUUUCGUUUCGUUUCGUUUCGUUUCGUUUCUUUGAUUGCCAGACUCUCUGUACGCGUGAAUGAAUUAAUGAAUGAAUUCGUAGAGAAAUGUGGUCGUCGUCGAUUUGGUCCUCCGUUGGAGUUUUUGUGCCUCAAUGGAGACUCAAUACAACCUUCCGUUUCUGGGUUUUUCUCCAUUCCAAGAGAUAUACUAGUAGUAUUAGCUUUGUCCCUUCGCCUAUCUCUUCUUCCUUAACCGAUGAUUCUUCCCCGCUGCCGUCCAACAAUAUCCAGGUGGGGUAUGAUCCCUCAGAAGACCUCUUCGGACUUGCAGUCGAUCUCCAGCCUAGGAAUCUUUCUGCUGAUUUACCAAAACCUAGAUCCUGGUUUGGUCCAAAUGGCCAGUAUAUCAGAGAGUUACCUUGCCCAAGUUGCAGGGGAAGGGGCUAUACUCAAUGUACAGAAUGCGGAAUAGAGAGACCUAGACUGGAUUGUUCACAUUGUAAUGGAAAGGGCGGAAAGACUUGUCAUAGGUGCUUGGGAGAACGUGUCAUAUGGGAAGAGUCAAUUGAUGAACAGCCAUGGGAGAAAGCCCGUUCUGUCUCACCAUUUAAAGUAAAGGAAGAUGAUGAAGUUGACAAUUUAGACCUAAAGUUGGAUGUGAAGCGGAAAUCUAAGCGUGUCUACCAGUCUCCACCCCCUGAAGUUGGUUUAAAGAUCAGCAGAUCUUUAAAGAGCCUCAAUGCUAAAACUGGACUGUUUAGUAAUAGAAUGAAGAUCAUCCAUCGGGAUCCAAUGCUUCACGCUCAAAGAGUGGCUGCCAUUAAGAAAGCAAAACGGACCGAGGAGGCAAGGAAACAAGCAUCUGAAUCUAUGAGAGCUUUCUUCCAUGUUCCAGAAAACCGCCACAGGAGAAGUGUUGCCAUGAAAGGAGUGAAAUAUUAUUGCUCAAACUGUGGACGAGAAGGGCAUAGGAGGCACUACUGCCCUGAACUUCAAGACACGAUAGACAGACGCUUCAGCUGCCAGUUAUGUGGUGAAAAGGGGCAUAAUAGAAGAACCUGUAGUAAGUCAAAAUCAGCUGAAUCAAAAACUAAAGUUCCCAGGAAUAAUUUUUGCAGCACAUGCGGUCAAAGCAGGCAUAAUCGCAGGACGUGCCCGCUAUCCACCGGGCAAAAAGCAUAUGUUGCUGAUACAAUGAAAGUUGUUGAUUCUCCUAAAAGUCGCAUUUACACUUGCCGUAUGUGCCUAGGAAAAGGGCACAACACGAGGACAUGCCCUAGUAGAAGCAACCCAUUGAUUGAGAAAUCUGAAACUUAGUCGUUACCCAGUGCUUGCUUUCUUCUUUGUUGUCAAGUCACAGCAAGCCUAGUUGUGGGUUUCAGCCGGUUGAGAUGGACUGACAAGUUUGACAAUCAAAUACAAGAAUGAUGAUUGGCAAGUAUGUACUAAUAGGAAUGAUCCGACUGGGAUGAUUGUUAAUGUUUGCGGAGUGUAUAUUGUAUGGUGGAAAGAAGCAGACUAUCAUAAUCCAUUCAUUAGCCUUGUAAACAGCUGGUUUUUUCUGGAGCUGCCGAAAAACAAAUUUUAUUGAGAUAGGUUAGCCAGUGUUUCUCCUUUGUGUA